AAUGCCGAUAAGUAUAAAUGUGGGAACACCGAGGGAGUGAAAGCAAAUAACAAGAAAGGAACAAAAAAUAAUGACAUUGUGGAGACAAAGGGAGAACCAAAAGUCGAUCUCCAAGAUAAUGAAGAUGAAGUAGUAAUGGUACCAACUGGUGACAUCAUAACCACAAGUAGUGAUGACCUGGGAGAUCCUAGCAAUCAGAAAAACAAAAGGAAAACCAGGGGUCGACAUCCAGAUUAUGAGAAUAGAGUAGUGAUGGUAUCAAACAGUGACAUCAUGACUGUGAAUUGUGAUGAUUCGGGAGGACCUAGUAAAAAGACAAAUUGUGAGUUAGCCAGUAACAAUCAUGUGAAGAAUAGCAAGGGAGAAACGAAAAAUAAUAACCUUGUGAAGAUAAGAGGACUAAGAACUGAUUUCCAAUUCAAUAAGAAUGAAGUGAUGAGAGUACUGACCACUAACACUAUGAUUGUAAGCUGUGAUGAUUCAGGAGAAUCAUGCAGAAGAGAAAAUCAAGAAUUAGUAAUUGGUGAUAAGAGAUACUGUGACACAAAUGGACUUACUGAUAGAAAACCUGAUGCGAGUGAAGGUGGAUUGGGAUGUCACAAGGAUGAAAAGAUGAUAAUUGAUGACCCUUCUGAUAAGGGUAAAACAGAGAAUGAAAUGAAGGGAGAGACAGUAAUAAUUAAUGCAAGGAAAUUAUAG